UGUUACCCGCGGAUCAGAGGUCCGCCGCGACAGCCAAUGCCGGGCCGUAAACCACCCGAACCUCACAAAUACAAUUGGCAACCGAUUUACCCGUUGGACGGGAAGUACACUAUUAUGCCCCUCAAGAUCCGCAAACUCGGCGGUCGAGACCCUGAGACGGGCAAAGUGAUCGUCAAGACAGUGGGCGGCGGCAACAAGAAGUACUUCCGAUGGAUCGACUACACGAAGACCGCCAACGAAGACGGCUCGCCCCGCGAGGAGCGCGUCUUCAAUGUCCGCUACGACCCGUUGAGGACAUCGAAGUUGGCUCUCGUGGCCGGAGGCGAUACGAUUCGGUGGAUAAUAGCGUCCGAAACGAUGCAAAUCGGAGACAUAAUCCGGACGUAUUCAGAGAUACCGCGCAAUCCGGUGCGUCCGCGUGAGGGCGACUCGCAUCCGAUCGGAGCGCUUCCCAUCGGCACCAAAGUGCACAACAUUGAGAAGAAGGUGGGAGAGGGCGGCUAUUAUGUCCGAUACGCCGGCGAUUACGCGGAGAUUACCCGAAGAGUUGGCCGCAAGAAUUAUCUGCACUUAACCCGCAAUAAGAUCGACAUCUGUAUCGAUCAACAGUGUAUGGUUACCGUCGGCCGCGUCUCCAACCCAUACCAUCACACCGUCAACCGGUUGUGUCCGCAACGGAGCCGAUGGUUGGGUCGUCGGCCGCGUUCGGGUGCGUGGCAUCGGAAGGACGGCUACUGUGGCCGUAAGAUACGGCCGCCUAAACCCGUCAGAGACUAUGUCGCCGGAGAGCCCGACGCUAAAGAGAAAGAGCCAGAGAUCUAUGUCAUACAACCCUAUAGU